AUGGAAAAAGUUCCAGCACCAUAUCUGAGUGAACAAUAUAGCUAUACCAAAGAUGACCUAAAUCUCAGAGCAGCAAUCAAGAAGCGCGAGUUCCAACGCACGUAUCAGAGACUGUGCCUUUACAUCAAGCAUAUGGAGCGCCUCAUGGACCAAGCCAAUAUCAGCUAUGACGCCUAUACCGGCACGGAAGACGGUCGAAGAAUGAAAAUAGCCAGAGAGAGCUUCAAGCCUCAGUUGAAGGCCAGGUUUAUGCCUACAGCACCAUAUCCAGUCACAGCUCCUAUCAGCACCGAUGGAGAGCUCUGCAGAAGCGUCUCGGAUGCGCAAACGUUUGAGUACAAGCUUCACCAGUUGGAGGUCAUUCGGCAUAUGGAGAGGGUUGAUGGACCGGCAUUGGCUGAUUUCGAGUCGAGCACCAGACAGCCUAGACCCGAGACAGGCUAA